CUCUAUUUUAAAUAAUAACUAUUUCCAUUGAGUGUUUCAGACACUUAYUUUGCAAAAUGGUCAGAUAAGGCUGAUUUUUCAGAAAAAGCCCAAUCUCACACGGUUAAAAAGGAGCAUUUUUAAGAGGAUUCAAACUUGGCACUCAGGCUAGAAAAGUAGAGAGGGAGUAAAGUGCACAGCUAAACCUACAAAAAGAAUUAUGGCAGAGCUCCAGAAAAUCUGGAAAAUCGUAGCUAAAGCCACAAAGGGAACUGAUAGUUUCUCCCAAUAUUUAACACUGAAGUGCAGCAAGCUUAAAGCAAACAAAAGCAAGUGUGUUUUUUUCACACCAUGCCCCAAAAACUCCCCCAAAUCAGCCUCUCAAAAGCCGCAGAUUUUCUUUUUUUUGCAGACAAACCCUCUGACUUUAAAAGGGAUCGAGGUGGUUAAUAAGAGGUGCGGGCUGCCUGCCAGGAUUUGUAGGCUUACAGGAGAGAUAAUCGUGGAUUCCCUCAGCUCUGAUAUUUGCUGUACCGAUUCCAGCUCACGACCUUGGCACUCAGCUCUGCACUUUCACUCGGCUUUCUCCUCUUAUCUCCCCGUUGGAAUGGGCUGGACUCGUGGACUUCACUCUCUGCCCUCGUAAACACGUGGGAGGGUGUUCGUGUGCUGCUCAAAAUCCAGUGGCAUGACUUUUACGAACUUUUGCUGAACUUCCCUGAACUUUUUUUUUUUUUAAACUUUUCUGAACUUGGCCUCAAGGGUUGGGUUGAGGUUUGGGUUUUUUUUACCUUUGAAUGUCGUUUUAUAGGGUUUUUUAGGGUUUUAUAGUAGCAUCUCAUGGAUGACACACGUUUGGCUGAAAUGUUAACAGAACUUAACGAGGUGGGAGUGAUUAUGGAUCAAAUAUGAGAUUUGAGAGGCCUUUAUGCAGGGUAGGAGUGUGUCUGCAACUCUGGCUUUACUACCUGAGUAUGUACUGCCACCUUAAGGCUUACUCAAUGCUGCUUCAUCUCGUUAUUUCUACCACAGAUAUGUGGAAAUGCAGCCCCAGCAGGUGAGAAUCCCUUCCCUCCACCCUCAAAAACUGAAAGUUUUUGCUCCUUCAGUGCCACCCCACUGCCAGCUCCAGCCAAAGGUUUGCUUCACCAGCUGCAGAAURGGACUGCAUCAAAUCACAGAAUUGUUGAGGUUGGGAACUCCSUCUAAAAUCAGAGUCCAACCUUUAACCCAGCACUGUCAGCUCCACCACUAAACCAUGCCCCGAGUGCCACAUCCACAGGUUUUUUGAGCGCUUCCAGGGAUGGUGACUCCACAAAGGACAACCCUUUCCAUGAAGAAGUUUUUCUCAAUAUCCAAUCUUACGCUCCCUGCCAAUGUCUGAAAUUCUUAUUUAGUGCAUUUUGCUUAAAUAUUACAGUCCUUCUUGCUGGCUUGUAAGAAACUCUUUUCCUAACAGGCCAUGUGGGAGAACCUCCUCUCCAAAUAAACAUUUUAGGACACUCUUCAUUUAAAUCUUGGAAUAGGAUUGGCCUUGGGGUGUAUUUAUCACACUCAGUGCCUUUGGCAAAGGGGGCCAUUUCAAGCGUUGGAUUUCCCAUCAGUCCUACCUGCUCCAAGAAAACUCUUCCAGACCUGGAGAAACUGCUCAGAGUUCCCUCUGCUCAGGUGUGCUUGGUUGGGGGGUCUAAAAGCAUCUUGUCUUCUCCACCCACCUCUUGUCCAGGUACCAUUCCCAUAUCUUGUUCUGCUUUUGKGAACUCRCAAACUUUUGCCAUCCAAUUUUUCYCUAKCCACACAAAAUCUGCCUUAGUGGCCGGUUGAGAUCUGCUUUGCCAGGCCCUCCCGUCCGCAAGCAUGGGCUUCCCCAUGCUCAGACCACAGCCAGGCCUUCUGAACUUUGGGAAAGGGAAGGAAAUCCUUUAUUAAGAACUUCCAAACGCAUUUGUAGCCUCUCCCCUCUGAACUCCCAUGGCCCCUCUUGAGCAAGAGCCACGUGUUCCACUGUGUUAUCGCUUUUCAAAAUGAUGUUUGGCCUCGAGCCGCUCACCUACGAACUCUGAUGGCCCCUGCUGAGCACAGACUGUUUUCUGCUGUCUCACUAUUUUGCUGAGAAGGUGAAAGGUGCUUGGUUAAUGUGUCACCCAAACUUUGGUGACUCCUGCUUGCCAUGGAGAACAAUCUCCGUGAACUCUGGUUGCCUUUCUAAGCAAAGGUUGGAGUUUAGGUCUUCCAUGCCAACGGUGCAACACGAUUCUUGUGGGAUAAGAUCUGUGGAGUGGUCAUAAAUUUGAUUCCUGGCUUGAAACUGGCCUAGGCCAAUCAAGGGCACAAUUAAUCACUUGAAACAAUCCUGACAGAGCAAAAAAGACCCCUCCACAAACAAAUGCUGCCUCUGCKAAUUGCUCUGAAUCAUUGAAGAUAAUUAAAUGCAUGGGAAAGCUUCUUUAGGUGCCUUGAUAGCACUUUAAUCAAGGCCUUUAUCAGCAACGUGGUCUUCGAACUCCGAUGAUCUGUCUUAGUAAACUGUUUGUAGAUACAAACAUUAAAGUCCAGCACAAUAUAAAUGAGGGACGAGGAGUUUUUGCUUCAUAYGCUGUUGAAAAAAUUAGGAAGGAGCAGCUCAUUUCUUCUCCCCCRUGACAGUUAUGUGGAGGCACCAGGUGCCUGCUGGGCUUGUGCUUUUCCUCGCUUGCUGGAGCCUGGCAGAGGGUGGGAAGCUCUUAGUGGUGCCUCAGGAUGGAAGUCACUGGCUGAGCAUGCGCAUGGUCCUGGAGAAGCUCUGGGAGAAGGGGCAUGAGAUUGUUGCCGUGGUUCCCGAAGCUGCCUUGUUCUUGAAAAACUCCCAAUCCUUCACCGUCAAAACAUACUCGGUGCCUUACAGCCAGGAGUUUGUGGAUAAAUCGUACCAGGAGCUGGGGACAAAGAGCUUUGAGUUGACACUCUCAGCCGUGCUCAGCAACAUMUCGGGGAUGACCAACAUGUUCUCUUCCGCCUGUCGGCAUCUCUUGUACAACGAGGAGCUCAUCCAGUACCUCCAGGACAGCAAAUUCGACGCCAUCAUGAUGGAUCCYGUGCUGCCCUGUGGGCCAAUUCUGGCUGAGCACCUGUCCCUCCCUUCCGUGUACUUCAUGCGCGGCCUUCCRUGCACCUUGGACUACAAAGCCGCGCAGAGCCCCAGCCCCGCGUCCUACGUGCCCAGGGGUUUCUCCUCCAGCUCUGACCACAUGGCAUUCCCAGAGCGCGUGAAGAACUUCCUGAUCAGCCUCUCGGAGCCUUUGUUUUGUCACCUGUUUUACUCAAACUACCAGAGCUUGGCCUCUGAGUUCCUGCAGAGGGAUGUGACGAUGCAGGAGCUGUUCAGCCGAGCAUCAGUUUGGCUGAUGAGAUACGACUUCGUUUUUGAGUUCCCACGCCCCGUAAUGCCCAACAUGGUUUAUAUCGGGGGCAUCAACUGCCAGCAGAAGAAGCCCCUCUCAAAGGUUUGUCGUUGCUCACCCUUGAGGGUGGUGGUGGUGCUCGAUCAAGAUGUGCUUUUUGUAAAAAAGAAAAAUGUCCUUCCUGUAGUAAUAUUGGUGCUUGAGUGUGGUGGGAUCCCAGGAUGGUGUGGCAGUGGCAAUCUUAGGCGUUGAGAGAUCAUCACAAGGUUUGCUGAAGGGUUUCUCUCCAGGAGAGCUUAGGUCAAGUUGUCACCAUCACUCGCGAUGUGCUCUGCGUCUGGGUAAAUGAUGAUAUAAUUCCAGGCCACAGGGUUUAAUAUUUAAUAUUCAUAGGUUAAUCGCAGGAUACUUAAUUGGACAAAAUAAAUGGAAGUGUGGAAUUAACUCUGAGGAUAAAACCAGGCACUUGUGCUGUGCCACAGAGUGUGAAGCUGGGUGAAGCACAGGACAUCGGGGCAGGUUUAGGGUGGAAAGCAAGGAAAGGUUCUUACCCCAGAGGCUCCUCAGGGAAAAGGCACAGCCCCAGAGCUCCAGGAGUGUUUGGACAGCACUGCCAGGGGUGCACAGGGUGGGAUUUGUUGGGGUGAUUGGGGUGUCUGUACAUGGCCAGGAGUUGGACUCCGUGGUCCAUGAGGGUUAGGAUAUUCCAACUCAGGAUAUUCCAUGAUUCUGUGUGCGCCAACAUCACAAAACCAAGGGUGCAAAGACGGCAGAGGGAACUCUGUUGCCUCUGGGUUUGUGCUAGCAGCAGUUCAAGUAAGAGGAUGGCUGGGAAAAGGAGCCUUCAGGGUUGUAACAACUCUCCCUCGUUCGAAUCUCCCUCGUGCUGUGCAAACACUGCUGCUUUACUCUCCUUUCAGACCAUCGGGGUGCUGCUAACACGAGUUAUUGCUGAACUCACAACACAUUUACUACAGCCAGCUCAUGGCUUUCACUUCGAUAACUGCUCUGAUAGAGCACCAAAUCUGGGGAAAAACACCUCUCUCUGGAUCAAACCUCUGUCAAUCUUUGCUUCUUGGUUACGCUCCAGGGACACAAAGCAAUCCAAAGGUCAGAUUGGCACCAAGCUCUGUAUCCAAUCAACGCCCUGGGCUCAAGGCAGGGGGUUGAUCAUUAACAGGGUGUUAAUGAUGUGGUGAUCGCUGGGUCAGUUCCUCUCAGGGCUCUCACUCACCCUCAAUCCGUUGGUCACUCGUCCUCCAUCCCGGUGUCAAUCCGAACACUCAACCUCACCUCGCGGCACCCACUUGCUGAAAGCCUUCCCUGUGCACAGAUGAUAAACCCAAUAUUUACCCACAGUUAAAAAUUA